GGUAUAACCGAACGUAAGUCGCAACAUUUAUGGAAGUCGCAAGCAAUUACAUCGUGCCUAUCUCGCACUUUGUCAAGUCCAUCGCAUUAUUCUUCUAAUUAUUCAAUUAUCAACCAAGUUAGGAAAGUAGUGAACGAACGAUAGAGCGGUAUACUAUAUCAGGAAUCUUUCUUAAACUUGCAUCUGCUUGCAUCUGCUUGCAUCAACUGCAGACAAAACAUAACCUCAAUAACCUCGCGUGCGUUGGCGUGAUUGGCAGCGUGGCAUUACGAAUCCACGAAAGCCCGAAUUCUCCGGAUUCUCAAACCUAUUUCAUUCCACCAUGGAAAGCUCAUCAGACGAAUCUACCUCAGAUUCCUCUUUGACAGAUGAACCAUCACCACAGCGAAACAAAGAUGAAGAAGUUAAUUCUGUUAAUUCAGAUGAGGAUGAAGUUGUUAAAGCUAUAUUAGAUGCAAAAAAAUUACAUAGAAAUCACCCACCUUCUAUUACAUUAGAUGACAUGAUAACGGAUAUAUGUUUUCAUCCCAAAAUGGACACUAUAGGCAUAGCCAGCAUCACAGGAGAUGUUUUCAUGUAUAAAUAUAACAAUGAGGAGACCAAUCUUGUGUCGACUAUAGAAUUGCAUCUUAAAGCUUGCCGGGAUAUUGAGUUUAGUGAGGAUGGACGGUAUUUAUUCUCGACUGGAAAAGAUCUCUGUAUAGCGAUAACCGAUGUAGAAACGGAAAAACUAACUAGAUUGUACGAAGAAGCUCAUGAGCAACCUGUAUACACAAUGACAAUAAUUAAUGAGCAUAUGUUUGUAACAGGCGACGACAAUGGGGUAGUAAAAUUUUGGGACCUUAGGCGAAAGGAAAGCGAGCCGGUAUUUUCUAUAAAGGAGAUGGAGGACUAUGUCAGUGCAAUGAUAACCAAUAGAGAUGCCAAGUAUCUCGUUUGCGCCAGUGGCGAUGGACUAACGACUAUAAAUAUACCGGAAAGAAAACUGCAUGUACAGUCCGAGGAGCACGAUGACGAGCUGACCUGUCUAGGCUUAUUUAAAUUGGAAAGUAAAUUAUUAUCAGCUAGCAAUAAAGGGAAAAUGUAUGUAUAUAAUUGGGGAGAAUUUGGACUACAUUCGGAUGAAUUUCCAAGUGCCACGAAGAAGGCUAUAAAUUGUAUGAUUCCUGUUACGGAAAAUGUGGUGAUAACUGGUGGAGAGGAUGGAGUAGUUAGGGCGACCAGUUUAUUUCCUCAUCGCAAUCUUGGCAUAGUUGGACAGCACGAUUUUUCUGUCGAAAUACUCGAUAUCAGUAACGACGGCACUCUGAUAGCAUCCUCUUCGCACAACAAUGAUAUCAAAUUCUGGAAUGUACAAUAUUUUGAGACCUUAAAUGUCACCGAGCCCAAAAAGGGUGGAAAACGAAAAUGGCUCGAGUACAAUCUUCCUAGUAGUCAAAUUAAUAAUCGAUCUGAUUUUUUUGCCGAAUUGUAAUCUUGGUAAUAAACCAGUUUAUUUCCUCAAUAACUUA